AUAUAUUUAGUUUUUAAACGAUCGUGCAGCAGUUGAGUUGAGAAGUGGAGCGAAGGAGUGUAACUCAAAUAGUAGAAUUAAAUAUAGUUUUUUGAAAAAAAUUAUUGUUAUUUGUUUUUGUUAAUGCAAAGAAAUUAAACAAAAUUGUGGUUAAAGCGGUAUUUGGAUUACAACAAAAAUAUAUAUAUUAAUUAUAGUGAAAAAGUACGCUUAAUAGAAUUAAACAAAUAUGAUUUAAAAUAAUUUGUUAUUUGUUAAACAAUAAAGAAAAUAUUUAUAAAAGGUAUUGUUUUUAAUAAAACCAGUUUUCAAGAGAGUGUAUUGUACGUGCCUCGUUUUUUUAUUUUUAAUUCAAAAACCAGUUAAUGAAAAAUAACAACAACAACAACGCCAACAUUAAACAUGAAACAGCAACUACGAAUCGAAAAAGUUAAAGAAGAGUUAUAAACCAGACAUUCAAUUUAAACAAACAAAAAAAUGAGUCAUCAAGUCAACGGUUUUACUAGCAACAACUAAAAGAAGAAUUAGUUAAACACUCUCUUUAAUCAGUUAAAUAUUUUAUACAACGCAAGAUCGAUCGUUUUCUCCACAUAUUAUAUAAAUAUAUAAUUUAAAUAAUUAAAUUUAACAAAAACAAAAAUAGUUCUAAAAAAACCAACAAAACAUUCCUUUAUCAAUCAUACAAAACUGAAAUUCUAGCGAUCACGUACUUUUAUUACAAAUAUACAAAAGUGUAAAAACAAUAAACAAUAAAUAUUAUUUAUAUACAAUAUAUAAACAAUAAAGAAAAUAAUUUAAUAAUAUCAGAAGAUCAUGAUUUCAAAAUUUCUAAAAUAUGGCACUUCUACGCUCUUUAUGGUUUAUCACUUGGCAAAUGCAGCCCUCACAGUUGGAGGAUCAGAAUGUCAUGCUGAAACUUGUCAUCCCAUAGAAGAGUAUUGUUCGCAAUUCGAACAAACAUGUAUGCCCUGCAGUAAAACCUGUGAUCCGGAUGAUAUAAAAUAUGAAGAAAAUAUUUGCAAUCGUGAAUGUAGUGAUUUUAUCAAAUUAGAACCUCUUAAAAAUGAAAUUCAUUACAUACAAAUGCAGCAAAAUUUGAUACUCAUAUUGCUCGUGAUAUUGCUGGUCAUCACCGCUGGACAUUUUACCUGGAAAUUAAUAAAGUGUUUGAAAAACAAACGCUGUUGCCUGGGUCAACUGAUGGCUAAACUGAAGUUCAAAAAGGCAGCCACCUUGCCCUCGAACCAAAGUAAUGGCAAAGAUUUAGGUGGCAUCACUAUACCCAAUAUGUGUGCGAUCAAUGAUGUUGAGAGAGCACCUUCACAAAUUUACAGUCUAGCAGGUGCUGAAGGUUCUGUAAGGACAACUACUACACCAGUUAGCACACGCUAUCCGUCGGAAAAUAUAACACCAUCUCCGCAGCCCAACGAGUAUUCGUAUGAUAAUCAAGGUUUAGUAGUGACGCCAAUGUCUGAAAUAGCCAACGGUGGUCCUAUGUUUACAAAAGUAAUUUAACUCUCAUCACUUCUGCUUCCUUAAGCAUUAACAUCCAUCCAAUAUUACACGCUUAUUUAUUAGUAAUUUUUCAAUUUAAACUAAAUUUUAAGAAAAUCAUUUAUAAAAUGAUUUUUGUUUUGCCUCCGAUGGCCUCGUUACUUAAAUGAAAUAAUUUAUGAGACGUUUCAUUUAUAAGUUACAACUCUCAUUUACAUUUGUAUAUUUUCUUUGUCUUCCUUCUAUUGUUUAAGAAUACUCUAUAAAGCAGAUUUAAAUGUAAUUAAAUUUGCUUGUAAGAUUUGCAUUAUUGUUAGUAUAAGUUAUCGAUAUUUUCUUAAAUAUACACACAAAUAUCUUUCACACUCUCUAUGUUUAAACGUCAUCAUCACAAUUUAUUUAAAACUAGUGUUACAUACAUAAGUUUUUCUAAGUCUUUGUCUUUCUAAGUUUUUAGUUUAAACAAAAAAAAUUGUAAAUGUAAAUUAUAUUAAGGAAUUCUAUUGAUAUUAUAUGCAAAAUUCAUAUUUUUUUGUAAUAAAUUUGAAAAUGCUCAAGUAUA